AUGACGGCAAAGCGGCUCGUUGCCGCCCAGCGCGACGCGGACGCGCGCCUUGACGAGCUGCUCGCGCUGAGAGCGACGCUUCGCACGCGUUCGAGCGAGCUCGACGCGAGAAAGGCCGCGCUGGGCGCCCGACGGUCGGCACUUGCAGCUGACAACGGUGGUGGCGACGUCAGGCCAUCCGACCGAAUCAAGCUCAACGUGGGCGGCUGUCGCGUCGUGACGACGAGGGACACACUGACGCUCUUUCCCGGCACUCGGCUCGCCGCACUCUUCUCCGGGCGGUGGGAGAGCAGGCUGCAGCGCGACCGCAACGGCCGCAUCUUCAUGGACGUCAACCCGACCGCCUUCAAGAAGAUCCUGGACUUCCACCAGUUCGCCAAGAUUGCGAGCUCGGAGGACCCGCCGCCGCGGCCGACUGCACCUGAGGACCUCGAGGCAGUGCUGGCCGCUCAGCUGACCUUCUUCGGCCUGACCGCCAUGUUUGAGCGCGCGCCCGCCGCCGCCGAGGAGUCGUUCGUCUCCUUCUUUUUCGGCGAGACGAAGGACGUGGUCGACUUGUGCGUGACGGGGGAGCGGAACCCAGACGCGGAAUACGUAUCCAUGUAUUCCAACUACCGAUCCAGAGUCGACCGAUGGGGCACGUGGGAGGCGAACGACGAGGCCAUCCUCCGGCUCGACUUGGGCGGCACCAAGCCGCGGCUCAUCAUGUGGCACAAGCGCAUCAGCCGCAUCUUCACGAUCGGCCUGCCCGAGCGGCAGGACGGCUGGCGGCUGCACAUCGGCCUGCACCACGACAAUAUCAACCACAUGCACCUCAUGCUGCCAAGCGCAGACGAGACGGCCCUCGUGCAGUGA